AUGGCUACUAUGACUUCUCGACCCAGUAGUGACGUGGAGAAGAACGCCGUCGCGCAGAAUGCGAUAGCUGAUCAAACUGGCAACGGCCAUGACUACACCAAGCCAGCGCCAUCGACGUUCGAGAAGCUCAAGACAAGGAUGUACCACUCCACCAUCGUCGAAUAUCGCGGCAUCGAACCAGUCCAACCCGAAGAUCGAACCGACAGACGCUACAUCAACGUCCUCUCCUUCUGGAUCUCCAUGACCCUCAGCGUGCUACCCAUCAUCUUCGGCAUGCUCGGACCACUGGCAUACGGCCUGUCCCUAACAAACUCAGCUCUUGUCAUCCUAUUCUUCAGCUUGCUUACCGCGGCGCCAUGCGCGUAUCUCGUCACGCUGGGGCCGAAGACGGGCAUGCGGCAGAUGUCGCUUGCGCGGUAUAGUUUUGGCUACUAUCCUGUUUCUGUUCCGAUUCUGCUCAACCUUGCUACUCUGGUCGGGUACUGCAUCGUUGGGGACGUUAUUGGCGGCGAGGUUCUGGCUGCUGUAGCACCGCAGAAGAUCAGCUGGACGGUGGGCAUCGCCAUCGUCGGCGUGAUCGCCUUCUUCAUCUCGGCUAUGGGCUACAGGACUCUGCACUACUACGAACGUUAUGCUUGGAUGGUUGCGCUGGUCUGCAUUGUAAUUCUGAUCGGCAGUGGUGGGAAGGAUUUGCGGAAGCAAUCUGUGUUUCCGGCUCCUGAGGCGUCCGCUGUGGUGAGCUUUGGGGGAUUGAUGGCUGGAUACUUCCUACCGUGGGCGGCCAUCGCUUCUGAUUAUUCGGUUUAUAUGAGUCCUGAUGCUCCUGCGAAACGAAUCUUUCUUUACGCCUACGCCGGCUUAACAAUCCCAAGCAUCCUCUUCCUCGUCCUAGGCGCCGCAAUCGGCGGCGCUGUCCCCAACAUCCCCUCCUGGUCCGCCGCCUACGAAUCCGGAUCAGCAGGUGAAGUCCUCGGUGCCAUGCUAACACCGCUGGGCGGCUUCGGGCAAUUCAUCCUGGUCCUGCUAUCAUUGACCAUCAUCGCUAACCUAGCGGGCACCAUCUACGCCGUCACACUAAAUUUCCAGGCUCUCCUGCCAGUCUUCAUCCGCAUACCACGCGUAGCAUACGCGGCCAUCACGACGAUGAUCAUGAUCCCCAUCGCAGUCAAAGCCGCCGAAUCUUUCUUCGCCAACCUCGAGAACUUUGUCGGCGUGAUCGGGUACUGGUCUGCCUCAUGGGUUGCGGUUGUCCUGAUCGAGCAUUUCUGGUUUCGGAAGGGUGAUGCGGCUAGCUAUGCGAUCGAGAAGUGGAAUGAUCCGAAGAUGCUGCCGUCUGGGGUGGCGGCGAUUGCGGCGGGGAGUUUGAGUAUGGCGCUUGCGAUUCCGAGUAUGAGCCAAGUGUGGUAUGUUGGGCCGAUUGGGGUGAGGACGGGGGAUAUUGGGUUUGAGAUGGCGGGGGCUGUUACUGCGGUUUUGUACGUGCCGUUCAGAUAUUUUGAGAAGAGGGUUCAGCGGCUGAAUCGCUGA